AUGUCGGGUUAUGCGGUGAAGACCUUUUGGAAAAUGGACUCCGGCGCCAUCCACUUUAGAGGAGCACGACCCUUCAAGGGAAUAGAAUUCCACCUUGUGCGUGAGACCGAAAUCAGCGACUUUCCUGACUAG